AAUCUCACGCAUGGCCAUUAUUAUAAAACGUCGUAGCCACGUACAGUUGAAAAGAAACUUCAGUUUAUAGCCGGUUGUUUUAGUUUUAUUGAAGGGAUUAAAAUUUAAAAUGUUGUGUUUGCAAGUUCUUUCGAUUCUACUAAUUGCUACGGCUGCCCUAGCUAGUGAGGAAGACGUUUUGGAACUUGGAGACAAUGAUUUUGACUCAAGAUUGUCGGAAAUUGAUACAGCACUUGUCAUGUUUUAUGCACCAUGGUGCGGACAUUGCAAACGUCUAAAGCCAGAAUAUGCAAAAGCUGCUGAAGAUCUAGUUAGAAAUGACCCUCCUGUUACUUUAGUUAAAGUUGAUUGUACUGAAGCUGGUAAAGAGACGUGUAAUAAAAAUUCUGUUAGUGGAUAUCCCACUCUAAAAAUAUUCCGUAAUGGAGAAUUCUCUCAAGAAUAUAAGGGGCCACGUGAAGCUAAUGGUAUUGCCAAGUAUAUGAAAGCUCAAGUAGGACCUGCAUCCAAAGAACUAAAAUCUGUUGCUGAUCUAGAGAAGUUCUUAGCUUCUGAAAAAGAAUCUGUUGUUAUUGGCUUCUUUGAAAACGAAUCUGAUCUCAAAGCUGCCUUUUUCAAACUUGCAGAUAAACUUAGAGAAAAAGUUCAGUUUGCUCACUCCAGUUACAAAGAUGUUUUAGCUAAACAAGGAGUAACUGAUGCAGUUAUUUUAUUCCGUCCAGCUCAUUUGAAAAACAAAUUUGAACCCAGUUCUGUAACCUAUUCUGGCCCUGCCGAGUCAUCUGACCUAAAUGAUUUUCUUACUAAAAAUUUCUAUGGUUUGGCUGGUGUUCGUAAAUCUGACAACCAGCGUGAAUUCAAGAGUCCAUUGGUAGUUGUAUAUUAUGCUGUAGAUUACGUGAAGAAUCCCAAAGGAACCAAUUACUGGCGCAACAGAGUUUUGAAGGUUGCUGAGCAAUUUGCUGGAAAAGUCAACUUUGCUGUGUCCCCUAAUGAUGAAUUCACUCAUGAGCUAAAUGAAUUUGGUAUUGAGUUUGCUCAAUCUGAUAAACCCAAAGUAGCUGCCAGGGACGCUAGUGAAAAGAAAUAUGUACUUAAAGAAGAAUUUUCGGUUGAAAGUUUAACCAACUUUGUUAAUGACCUGUUGAAUGAAAAACUUGAGCCUUACAUUAAAUCUGAACCAAUACCAGAGAACCAAGAUGAGCCAGUGGUAGUGGCUGUAGCCAAGAACUUUGAAGAUGUUGUAGUAAAUAAUGACAAGGACACUCUUAUAGAAUUCUAUGCGCCAUGGUGUGGACACUGCAAAAAGUUGGCUCCAGCAUAUGACGAGUUAGCUGAAAAACUUAAAGGUGAGGAUGUUGCUAUUGUGAAAAUGGAUGCAACUGCCAAUGAUGUCCCUCCUAAUUACGAUGUUCGUGGCUUCCCAACUCUAUACUGGGCUCCCAAAGACAAAAAGAACAAUCCUGUCAGAUAUGAUGGUGGUCGUGAAGUUGAUGACUUCCUGAAGUACAUUGCCAAAGAAGCCACAAAUGAAUUGAAAGGAUGGGAUAGAAGCGGUAAAGAGAAGCCUGCCAAGACUGAGUUGUAAAAGUGUUAUGAAGUUGUUUUUUUCUGGUAUUUUAAUAUGUACUUUUAACAUGAGUUGAUGUUUUCAGUGUCCUCCAUUCAAAAACGAAUUCGAUUCUUCACGUGAACGCUCUUGUAUAUUUUUGUAUUCGGUUUUCAUCAGUUUUGUAUUUUUAUAAUGUGCAGAAAUUGUUCCUUAAGUCGAACAUUUUGUAUUGAGAGAAAAAACUUUGGAAUCAUAAUAUUUUGUUUCUACGUGCUUUAUUUAUUAGUUUUAAGUCAGUCGAAAGAAAAAGACAGGAAUUCGGUGUAAAAAAUGUUUUGGUAAGAACAAAAUAAUAUGGUUUUUCUUAUUUUUGUUGUGAUGUAUAAAAUUAAAUUAAAUAAAUAUGCUCUAAGUAAACUUUUAAUUUAAA